AUGCGCAAGAAUAUGCAAGACAGGGCAGUUGGCUACGCAGACCAAACAAAGGAAUAUAACUUAGACGUUUUAUUGUCUGAGGAUGAAACAGAAGGUAUCAAUGAAGCUGACAACUGGUAUCACAGAGGCAACUACAGAAAAGCGCUAGAUCGAUAUGAGGAGUUGGUGAACGGUUGUAGGUGCAUGGAAAAGGAAUUACCUCACGUAUUCCUGAUGAUGGCCAACGCUUACUUUGUUUCUGGUUUCCAGAACGCACAAAUAUACUAUGACAGAGCCAUUGAAGAGGCUAAGUGUCUCAAGUUGAAAUGCCCCAGUAGCAAAAUGUUUGAAGCAGGAAUUGGGAUCUUUUCUAAAUAG